AUGAUUGGUUUCGACGACUCGGAGAUUCCUCACACACCCGCGGAGUGUCGGAAGAUGUUGGAAGCUAUAAACGUCAAUAUCGUCGACCUCGUCGACAAGGCGAAAGGUGCCGCGUACAGACGGGCGUUCAAGCAUUGCCACCUGGCCAUGAUCUUAUUGGACUUGAGGACCAUUGGGCGUAUACCGAAGGAAGUUGCACACAUCCCGCAGAGCAGCAAAGUAGCACAAGACGACGCCUCCUGUUUCGAGAAUGCAUGUACACGUGUACCCAGCCAUGCAUUUACAUUGUCCUUCAAUGUCUCAAGGCGUCCUUCUUGA